AUGAAGCUUCUCAGCGCUGCCUCCACGGCCGCGCUGGCGUGCCUUUUGUUACUGGCGCCUGUUACACUUGGAGAUGGAUACUUUCAAUGCAGUUAUGACGAAAGAUUCACCCUUGCAUACGUCCAACAAAAAGAUUCACAGUGUGAAGUAAGACAUGCGAAAGAUGAUGAACCUAAAGGUCCCAACGGCGAAUUAUACAGAACAACUCAUAUCCUGACGACGCCACGGAUAGGACUAUACGUAUACUAUAUAAUUCAAGUUGUUGAUGACGCCCCAACCUACCGCAUCUAUGAGAAUCUAUCAAUAGAAUGGGAACCAUGUGUUUAUCAAGAAAUCAAUGAACAAGUGCAACAUGGAGAUAAUGAUUUUGAUCAAAGCGGUAUCUAUUAA